AGAUUCAUUGUCUAUCAACGUUUUUAUAGUCCGCAAGGUGUCUGAUGGAUCGUCCAACUGAUCUUGUUGUUCAGGCGACUAACGAUGAUGCUACAUGUAGCAAAGCGUGCGCUGUUAAGAGAGGGUACUGGGUGGACCAUUAUAUGCAUUACUUUUGCCCAUUUUCCCCCCAUAAGUCACCUGAAAUUAGUAGGGGUUAUUUCGUCCGAACUCAGGCCUUCAAGGCUAUCACCAUGUCUUUCAUUCAGAAACACUGCGGCCGCUGUCAGAUUGUGAAUUUGGGAGCUGGCUCGGAUACACUUUACUUUCAGCUCCGCGACUGCAACCUUGUUCCAGAGAAGUUUUUCGAAAUCGAUUUGUUACAUAAUGUCAAAAAGAAAAUAUCCGUAAUCAGGAACCAUCAUCUUCUCCGCGGUGAAACGGAAUACUCAGCGGACGUCGAACUACUUCAAGAUUCCUCCUCCCCCGCUUCCUGCAUCCCACAACCUGGCAUAACAAAACAGAAUAUUGACCACACUCAAUCACGCUUGUUCACCAACAUCUAUUCGCUGUUCGACUUCGACUUGCGACAGCCAGCGGAUCAAUUUACCUCUUUCAUAUGUGGACCGUUGCCUGGAGGUGGCCUGGAUUCGUUCAUGCCCACAUUGUUCUUGGCAGAAUGUGUCCUUGUAUAUAUGUCAUCUCCAGACAGCCUACAACUAAUACGAGGUAUAUGCAAAAAGUUUCCCUUAUGCGCCUUCCUUCAUUACGAACAGGUGAACAUGAACGACCGGUUCGGGAUGAUUAUGGUUGAAAACUUUCGCACACGUGGCUGUGACCUCCCUGGUUUAUCGGCUUGCCAGUCAUUGCAAGAGCAAGAAAAACGAUUUAUCGAAGCAGGUUGGCAAAAAGCGAAAGCGUGGACCGUGAAUGAAGUGUACGAAGAAUUUUCAAGGGAAACCCGAUCACGAGUGGAACAUGUAGAGAUGUUGGAUGACCUAGAAAUAUCGCGCCAACUGUACGACCACUACUGCAUCCUGUUGGCUACAACGGACGACACUGUUUGUCAGUGGACUAGCCUGAAGGAACCACUGUCCUUGAUUAAAUGAACUAACUGGACGCACUACUCAAACGGUCCUUAGCCCUGGUUCGGCAAGAUAUGCAGCACCUCACCCCCGUAUUUUAUCAUUGGCCUAAAGUAUUUCUCACAUCACCCUUCCGAUGUUCUAAUCUUCACGAGGUGCUGGGAACCAGAUACAUUGUACUAUCCAGUCGCAGAAUCUUGCAAGGUAGCCUGAAUAAAUCGCUUCGAAUAUUGCCUUCCGCAUAUUACACCACGCAGACUUUGAAGAAACUCGCUAAAUGGAAGUCAGACGAAAUUCGAAUUUGCGUGACUUAAGCCCACUCUAUUACUUAAUGGGCGACACGUUGCUACAUGCAUAUUUUACACCAUCCAAUCCUUUUUGAACCUUACUGCAACUCCCAUUUGAUGCAUAGUGAACCAACGAGUGCAACCCGAGCUUACGCAUAUGUUUUUUGUGCCAUC